GCCAAGAAGUCGAGCAUCAUAAUGGAUUGCUAGUAACAUUCUCCCUACUAUGUAUGUCGUGAAGCGUGCAUGAGGUUUGUUCGUUUCUUCUUCUUUUCUUCUCUUAUUCCUUUCUCUAAGCUCUAGACGAGUCUUGUUAAUCUUUUUGUUUUCAUCCCUACAUGUCUGCAUUUCCCUUCUUCGGGCCCGGUUCUGCCUUCUCUUUAAUACUUCUCAGUUAUCAGGAUGUUGACCGUCCGUUCGCUGUCGCUGCUAGCCCUCGGCCUGCUAAGCGCCGUCGAGGCAGCGCCACAAAACAGAAAUAAGGCCAGCAAGAAGAAGGGCCAGCAGCAGGCUACGACGGCCUUUCAACAGGCGCAGCAGAUACCGCAGGGCGUGUCCACGGCCACAGAUGGAAGUACCAUCCUGGAUACCACGGUUAUGGUGAACGGCCUCCCCCUACGCUUCAAAGUCUCCGCCCCAGCAGACCAGUUCACCGCGGCCUCCGGCGUAACCGGCGGCGCCCAAGCCGCCAACGCGACGGGGACACUAGGCCUGAACGUGCUCCUGCACGGCGACGGCGGACAAUCGUUCUUCGACUUCCCGAACCAGGCCGUGCAGGACGGACUCGCGGGCGUCGCCGUACUCGCGCCGGACCUGAACCUCUUCUGGGGCGGCGGCUCGGGGCUCGACCGCACCGACGGCGUCGCGCACUCGCAAGCCGUCGCAGACCUGAUCUCGGGCGUCAUGCCGCAAGUCCUCGCCUUCGACUCCAACAAAGUCAGCUUCACAGGCGUAUCCGGCGGCUCGCUACUACUAUCCGGGUUCCUGAUGCCGGGCCACAUGGCGCAGUUCGCGUCAGCGGGCCAGACGUCGCAGGUCCUGCUCAACUGCGGCGGGCUGACGCCGCAGGUCGACGUGACGGCCGACAACGCGGCGGCGCUGGCGGCGACGCGCGUGCACUUCCAGAGCACGCAGCAGGAGCUCGCGCUGCUGCAGCCGGAGCUGCCGAAGGCGAUCCAGGCGUUCGAGCAGAUCGCGACGGGCCAGGGCCUCGACGCGGCCGCCGUCGGCGCCCUGCAGACCGUCGACAACUCGCCCAACGGGGGCCACUGCGAGUUCGACGAGAAGGACUUCGUGAGCGGCGUCCAGCUCAUGGCGAACUCCUUCUCGGCCGUCGUCCAGGGCGGCAACGGCGUCCUGGCGGGCACAAACGUCAAUGUGCUGAACCCGGUGCCCGGGAAUGAGAAUUUGAAGUUUUCGGGGGCUUCGUGAGGGGAGGCUAGGGUUUGGUUGGAUGUGUAGGGCUUGUAGAUAAAAAAUAAAAAUGAAAAUUAAACGACUGAUGGAAAUAGUCGACGAAUCGACGGUAU